CGUUUGCUCCUUUGACCAGUGCCGCUGUUUAAAUAUUCAUCUUAGUUUGCAUUAGAAAAAUAAGGCAAUUUAUCAUCAUUACCACACCAAAACACCACCUCCGCCGCCCCCAUCUCCUCCCAUUCCAACCAUUGACUAAUCACCGGAACCACCUGUCACCGCCAUGGACACAUCAGAAUUCCCGUCCGGAAGGUCACCUAGGAGGGAGCUCCAACUCCAAGGACCUCGUCCAACACCUCUAAAAGUACGUAAAGACUCCCACAAGAUCAGAAAACCACCAGUACCACCACCGCAGCAGCAGCAGCAGCCGCCUCGAGCACCACCUCGACCACCGGUCAUAAUCUACACCGUCUCUCCCAAGAUAAUCCAUGCAAAUCCUAAUGAAUUUAGGUCACUGGUUCAACGUCUAACCGGCCGGAAUUCAACCUCGACCUCUUCUAGUUCCUCCUCAGUUUUUCAAGAAAAGGAUUCAGUAUCUCCAGCUGCACGUUUUGCUUCUAUAGAAAAAACUAAAUCACCAGAAGGAAGAAGAUUACCACAAGCUUUUAAUGACAUGGAAAUGGUUCAAGGGAUAAAUAUUAGCACAGAAAUUGACAGCAAUUUCAGGCAACUUCAGGGUAUUUUAUCUCCUAAUCCAGCUUCUCUUCCAUCUAUUCCACAAAAAUAUUUCUCCCCUUCAUCUGAUCAGAAUCCACUUAACUUUUUCUAUGAUUUAAGCCCAGUUUUACACAGUAACAAAAAUUAUUUAGAGAGCAGUUUAAUUCCCAGUCCUCCAACUUUUGUUUCACCCUAUAUGCCUUCUCCAAAUACACUAGAUAUUUUCCACAGUUUAUUUGACCUUUAACGCUAUACAAAAAUGCAGGGAUUAGUUGUAAACUACACAGUUGUGUUUGUUUUCUGAAUUCUUCCUCUUGAUGAUAAAGAAGGUACACACGGGAUCUGUAUAUCAUGUUCGAAGCUGCUUCAAAGUCAUUUUCUUUCUAAGAAGUACUUUAAAAUGUGACUUAGUGAUUUCAAAAAUCUCCUUUACAAUUCGAUCUCAUGCUUGAUGCAUUAGUUUGGCGCAAAUUAUCCCCUUCUUUUUGUCUCAUGUUAUACUCAUCAUAGUUAGUAACCUAUUUUUUUGUCAUGUAGCCUCUGGAUUGUAAUUUGUAACACAACAAUAUUGAUUUGUUUGCUCUAUUCUUGUA